CUCUUUUUCUCUUCUUUCUUUUUUUUCUCUCUCUUGUUUUCUUCUUCUCUCAUUUUCUUUUUGUUGUUCUUUUAUUUUUAAGUUUAGUUUCUUUUUUUAUUCUUUCUUUAUAUCAAAUUAACCAAAUUUCUUUGUGAUUAUGUGAUAAUUAAUGUUGGUAAUUAAGGUAAGUCUGAAUGGAGAAAGGUUUGGUUAUCGGAGAAAGGGAACAACAGGAAGAUGAACCAAUGAUGGAAAAUGGUGAUUCUAUCAAUACAAUUGUUAACAAUAGGAGAACCAGCAGCUGCUUGAAUGGUGAUAAUGGUGAUGGUAAUCAUGGAAUUGGUGGUCAAUUAAUUGGUGUUUAUGGUGGAAUUGGAGUUGAUGAUGAGGAUGAAGAGGAAGAGGAAGAUGAGGAAGAGGAAGAUUUAGAUGAAGAGGUGGUAAGAAAUAAUUCUGUCACUUCUAAUGGCGUUAAUAAUUCGGAUGGUGGUGAUAAUGGUGCUGAUAAUGGAAUCAAUGGUUUCAAAUUACCUUCCAUUAUUUGUAAUAGUGUUUCUGGAAUUUUGGUUACUAGUCCUUCUAUUCAGACGAUCACUUUAUCCUCAUCUUCUUCUUCAUCUGUAUCUUGUUCACCACCGACUAUUUUAUUACCUUUAUCACCAGCAUCUUCUUCACCACCACCUUCAUCAUCUUCUUCAUCUUCAUCGUCCAUUCUUUCAAAUCAAUCUUCUUCACUGGUUUCUUCUUCUUCUUCACCUUCCCUUUUGGUACCACAAAAUUGGAGGAAACGGGUUAUAUGUGAAUUUAGUAAAAUUCGAGCUAAAAAACGUUACCGUAGAAAAGAUAUAAUUAAGGCAUGUUAUGCAAAUAAUCGAUCUUAUUUACGACAAUUGUUAACCACUUCUGGUAAAGAAUCAAUUAUGGUUAAUGAUGAUAAUGAUGAAAAAAAUGAUAAUCAUCAGCAUUCUGGUGAGGAUAAAAGUGUUAUCACCGUUAAUUAUAAAUUUGGUGAUUAUUUACCCACCGAUGUGCCCCAUAAACGAGCUUAUCUUAAAUCUGAUUCAGCCAAAGUUAAUCAACGUUGUCUAAUUAAAACAUUCUACUCGGUUUCCGCUAUUCCAUCCAUGGCUACUUGGGCUACUAUUCAGCAAAAUUUUCUGGUCGAAGAUGAAACUGAACUUCACAAUAUUCCCUAUAUGGGUGAUGAAGUAGUUGAAGGAGGAUUCAUUGAAGAAUUAUUGAAAAAUUAUGAUGGUAAAGUUCAUGGAACCAAGGAUAUCAUGGAAGAUGAAAUUUUCAUUGAAGCAGUUGAAGCUCUCGCUAAAUCCGAGACUAAAAAUCGUCGAAAACUUUCAUCAACUGAUAAUGAGAUUAAAACAGUUUCCACCAUAACUGAUGAUUCCAAUGUUUCAUCAGAUAUUGGAAAGAUCGAAGAUGAAGGUAAAAAAAUUACGAUCCCUUCGAUUAUAUUCGAAGCCGUUUCUUCAGUUUAUCCUGACAAAGGGAAUCCAAAAGAAUUGGAAGAGAGGUAUGCAAACCUUAUAGCGAAAAGAGAUUGUUUCAAUGUGGAAAAUAUUGAAUCUACUCCAAACAUCGAUGGUCCUCAUGCAACCUCAUCUUCUCGAGAACAGACAAUGCAUUCAUUUCAUACUCUUUUCUGUAGACGUUGUUACAGAUAUGAUUGUUUUCUUCACCAUCAUUAUUUGAAACCACAACCCAAACCUUCCGAUAUUAAACCUGCUGUUGAUCCUUGUGGACCUGAUUGUUAUCUACAUAUGGAUGGUGUUAGAUUGAAAAUUAAACAAGAAAAACAAGAUGAUGAAAUACUCAACUAUCAAGAAGUAUCCAAAAAAGUGACACUCUAUUGUAAUGUCAGCAGUAAUGAUGCUAGCAGUGAAGACAGUAAUGAUAGUCUAAAUCAAUUAUUGAGCAAACAUAAUCAUCAUAAUCACCAUCAACAUGUUGUCAAUUCCAAGCAUCACCAUAAUCAUAAUAAUCACCAUUUAAGUAAUCAUAUUCAUAGUAAUCGUAAUGUAGGAUCUUCAAAUUAUAUUGGCCGAUCUCCACAUGAUCAUAUGCAAGAAUGGAGACAAAUGAAGUCAAAUAAAAGGAAAUCAUGUAGCACCAAUAACGAUAGUCACCAUAAUAAUAAUCAUCAUCAUUAUAACAAUUUUAUCAACUCAAAUAGUAAUAAUAUUACCAAUGGAAAUCCAACUAAUCAACUUUAUCUGACAAAUCACGAUGUCCAUUUACCAUUAACUUUACCACCCCCACCACCGCCACCGACAGUGAGCACUUUAAUUUCUGGUGAUGAAAAUUCCAACAAUUCACGUUCUGGAGCUAAUCAGGAGAAUAUGAUUAAACCGGAAUUGAUGAGCGAGAUUAAUAAUUGUGACGAAUGGACUGGAGCGGAGAAAUCAUUAUUUCGAGUUUUAUGGAAAACUUUCUAUCGUAAUUAUUGUGCGGUAGCCGAGGCCAUUUUCACGAAAACCUGUAAACAGGUUUACUUUUUUGCUCAACAAGAGCUUUCCCAUGGUGGUUUAGAAGAGAUCGAUUUAACCUUCUCCCCACCUCGAAAAAAGAAAAAGAAAACACGAUAUUGGGCAUUACAACAUCGAAAGUUACACUUAAAGAAAGACGGAGAAACUUUAACUACCUCAACUGGUGUUUACAAUUAUAUUCCUUGUGAUCAUCCAGGUUUACCUUGUGACGCUAAUUGUAUCUGUGUAUCAACCAAUAAUUUCUGUGAAAAAUAUUGUUCUUGUAGUAUUGAAUGUCCUCACCGAUUUCCUGGUUGUCGGUGUAAAGCUCAAUGUUUUACAAAACAAUGUCCUUGUUACCUUGCGGUUCGUGAAUGUGAUCCCGAUCUUUGUCAAACUUGUGGUUCCCACGAAGAGGAUGCCCGACAAAUUACAUGUCGAAAUGUUUCAAUACAAAGAGGUUUAAAGAAACACCUUCUUCUCGCACCUUCCGAUGUUGUCGGAUGGGGAAUCUUUCUUAAAGAUUAUGUGGCCAAAAAUGAAUUUAUCUCUGAAUAUUGUGGUGAAAUUAUCUCACAAGAUGAAGCCGAUCGACGGGGAAAAGUGUACGACAAGUACAAGUGUAGCUUCCUGUUUAACCUUAACAACGAUUAUGUUGUAGAUGCAACUCGAAAGGGUAAUAAGAUACGAUUCGCUAAUCACUCAGUUAACCCUAAUUGCUAUGCCAAAGUCCUAAUGGUUAAUGGUGAUCAUCGAAUUGGUAUUUUCGCUCGACGGCCAAUCCAACCUGGUGAAGAGCUUUUCUUUGAUUAUCGAUAUGGACUCACGGAACAACUUAAAUUUGUUGGUAUCGAACGAGAAUCAACUGACUGUCCAAAUUAAAUUAAUAACCAAUUGCACCUCUUUUUACACCUUCUAAUUGUUCAAAAAAUUACCUAUCAACCACCGCUUACUAUAAUUAAUCAAUUAUCCCAUUUAAUAGCUUAUAUGAUACACAAACAUAUACAAUCUAUUAAUUACUUUUAAUUUAUCGAAUCACAAUCUAAAAGAAGAGAAGAAAAAAAGAGAUUACAAUCAAUCUUUCUCUCUCUCUCUCUUUGACAUCCACUCACCUCUACACUCACACAUCUACACUGGUCAACUAAUUGUUCCUUUAAUUUAUCAACUUUAUCUAUAAUUUUCUCUCUCUACAUAUAUAAAUUGUAAUCAUCUUAAAACAAUUUAAAUCAAUUGGAUUUUACACCAAACCUACAUCAACAGUUAACAGCAUUUAACUGAGAGAUUAAUGUUAAUUGGUUCCUCUUUUUUUUUGUCAAUCAAUUUCACUUUGGAAUCACGAACACAUCAUAUGUUGAUUAAUUGUCUCUCUCUCUUUUUCUAUUCACAAGUUAAUUUAUUUCUUCAAAUUAUUGUGAAAUCAUGCUGAUUAUCAAUUUCUUUUUGCAUGUUUUUAAUCAUUUCAGCACCAACAUCCAACUAUCUCUCCAAAAAUCAACACAAAUGUUGAUCACAAUUAUUGUUUCUUUUAUACAAGCAAUAAGCAUGUAAUCUAACAUUAAAUAAAAAAAUAAUAUAUAAAUAGAA